AUGAACGCUGAGACUUGCGUCUCGUACUGCGACUCGCCCGCAGCUGCCAUGGACGCCUACUACAGCCCGGUGUCGCAGAGCCGGGAGGGUUCGUCGCCUUUUAGGGGAUUUCCCGGGGGCGACAAGUUCGGUACAACUUUCUUGUCGGCCGCAGCCAAAGGCCAGGGAUUCGGGGAUGCCAAGAGCCGGGCCCGCUACGGCGGCGGCGCGGGGCAGCAGGACCUGGCGGCACCCCUAGUCGAGAGCGGCGCCGGGGCGCGGGGCUCCUUUAAUAAGUUCCAGCCCCAGCCACCGACCCCGCAACCCCAGCCGCCGCCGCCGCCACCGCAGCCCCAGCCGCCGCCGCCGCCGCCGCCGCCGCAACCGCAUCUCUACUUGCAGCGGGGCGCCUGUAAGACACCCCCAGACGGCAGCCUCAAACUCCCGGAGGGCAGCAGCGGCCACAACGCGGCCUUGCAGGUCCCCUGCUACGCCAAAGAGAGCUCCCUGGGUGAACCAGAGCUGCCACCUGACUCCGACCCCGUGGGCAUGGACAGCUACCUCAGUGUGAAGGAGGCUGGGGCAAAGGGAGCCCAGGAGCGGGCGAGCGCCGACCUGCCGAGCCCCCUGGAGAAGGCCGACUCGGAGAGCAACAAGGGCAAGAAGCGGAGGAACCGGACCACCUUCACUAGCUACCAGCUGGAGGAGCUGGAGAAGGUCUUCCAGAAGACCCACUACCCCGACGUGUACGCGCGGGAGCAGCUGGCCAUGAGGACGGACCUCACCGAGGCCCGCGUGCAGGUCUGGUUCCAGAACCGUAGGGCCAAGUGGAGGAAGAGGGAGCGCUUCGGGCAGAUGCAGCAGGUGCGGACCCACUUCUCCACCGCCUACGAGCUGCCCCUCCUCACCCGAGCGGAGAACUACGCCCAGAUUCAGAACCCGUCCUGGAUUGGCAACAAUGGGGCUGCUUCACCAGUGCCAGCUUGUGUGGUUCCCUGUGACCCCGUGCCAGCCUGCAUGUCCCCUCACGCCCACCCCCCUGGCUCUGGGGCCAGCAGUGUCACCGACUUCCUGAGUGUCUCUGGGGCUGGCGGUCACGUGGGCCAGACACACAUGGGCAGCCUGUUUGGGGCCGCAGGCCUCAGCCCAGGCCUCAAUGGCUAUGAGCUGAAUGGUGAGCCGGACCGCAAGACCUCCAGCAUCGCAGCGCUGCGCAUGAAAGCUAAGGAGCACAGUGCUGCCAUCUCUUGGGCCACAUGA